UCCCCUCAUUCUCUACCCAAAGAAAUGACUCAAUCUCUUCACUCAUCCGUCUGCUCAGACGAUAGCCGGUCCACCUGUUCAAGCUCUGGACCGCUUUCGACUACGUCUUCUGAGGGACGCUCUCGACUACACAUUCAUUACACCCGCGAUACGCUCCUGGCUCUCCAAGCGAGUUCACCUGGAAAAUAUUGCCCCAAGGCCCGAGCGGCCCAUGGACGAGGCGAAAUCAGCGUCGAACAAAGUACUACAUCAGAACCGUCUACCGGCGGCGUCUUUCACGCCAGUUCUACUGCUCGUACAGCCCCUACCUGUGCUGCUUUAACCAGCUCUGCCACCAGUGCUCGUUUCCUUGACAUCAAGGCUUGAACUCUAUCUGUUUUGAUCCCCAUCGUCACCUGUAACCCAUGUACAACUUUUGGACACUCGUUUUCUCCGUACUUUCCAACACUUGUCCGAACGACGCCUUUUGCUUUUACCUAGAAAAGUUUUAUCCGUAUGAUUACUUUACUUAUUUGUAUACCAGCUUGAUCUGAGUGGAUACUAGGGUGGUACUGGAAAUCCUUUUUUCUUCAUGUCGUCCCGGGCUUUGGAGUCCUCAUCUAAUGGAAGCUCCAAAAAAUUACUUCCUGAUCGAUUUUAUGAAUUAUAUUGUAACUUGUUGCUAUCUGAUAUCUUGUUGCAUCUAUUCACCAAACUAUCAAACUAAACAUGUAUACCGUCGAUCUACUUGCAUGGCCAUAGAUUGCAAAUAAAUCAGCAUUUGAGGAAGCAUUCAAACAC